AUGAAUCCAGUCAAUGGCACCAUCCCGGUGACCAAGUUCAUCCUGCUGGGUUUCCCCUCCCUGGGCCGGCUAAGCCGCAAUCUUGUUUGUGCCCUUUUUUCCUCCACCUACAUCGGGACGCUGACAGGCAACCUGUGCAUUGUGUGGGCCGUCCUGCGGGACCCUCGCCUCCAACGCCUGCCCAUGUACAUUCUGCUGGGGAACUUCUCCUGGCUGGAGAUCUGCUAUGUCACGACCACCAUGCCCCGGAUGCUCUCUGACCUGAUGAACCCCGGGGUCCCCAUCUCCUCCCAUGCCUGCUUUGUGCAGUUCUACAUCUUCUUUUGCAUGGGGACCACCGAGUGCUGCUUCCUUGCAGCCAUGGCCUUGGAUAGGUACCUGGCCAUCUGCCACCCCCUGCGCUACCCCGUCCUCAUGUCCCCCCACAGAUGCUGGGUGCUGGCAGCCUCCUGCUGGGUCACCGGCUUUCUGUGGUUCGUAGUGCCUGUCGUCCUCAUCUCCCAGCUCUCCUUCUGUGUCCUCACCCUGGAUCAUUUUGUCUGUGAUCCGGGCCCAUUGCUGGCUUCCUCCUGUGCCCCAGCUCCCCAGGCUGAACUGGCCACUUAUGUCCUGAGCUCCCUCAUAAUCUUUGGUGCCGCCUUCUUCACCCUUACCUCCUAUGGUCUGAUCGUCAGGGCAGUGCUCAGGCUGCCCACAGGGGCCGGGCGGCACAAGGCUUUCUCCACCUGCUCCUCGCACCUGGCCGUUGUGAGCCUCUUCUGGGGCUCUGGCAUGGUCACCUACAUCAGCCCGUCAGCCGCAGGGGGCAGCGGGAAGAUGGCAACCCUCUUCUAUGCGGUGGCGACCCCCCUGCUCAACCCACUGAUCUACAGCCUGAGGAACAAGGAGAUGAAGGAUGCUCUGAGAAGGACCCUGCUGGGGAAGCUGUAG